AUGUUUUGGAAAACGAAUAAGGAGCCGAAGAAGGCUUCGCGGACGACGGCACCUGCGAAGAAAAGCGUCGGCGGUGGCGACGACGAUUUCGACUUGUCCCAAUUUGGAAUCAAACCAGUCAGCGACAAGGAUGUCGAAGCUGAAAUGGCCAAAAUGAUGGCCGAGAUGUCGAGCCGGAAGGGGGAAGCUGGAGACCUCGAUGACUCGGACGAUGAGACAGAACUUAUGCGCCAGAUUCAACAAAUCGGUGCGGACGUUCCAUCGACCGCUUUUUCAUCCAUGCUGUCCGGCAGCGCAAGCGAUGUCGACGACGACGGCGAACUCAGCGAUUCGUGCUUGGACGAUCCGCAUCUCCAAGCAGAGCUGCAAGGAAUACUUGGGGCAGGUAAGAAGAGCGCAUCGUUCCGUGGAGACGAGCGCGUCCGCCUGCAGAAACUUGCCGAGACAGAGAAGCAAAACGCGAUCAAUCUCAAGCGGGCAGGACAAAUCCAGGCCGCCCUUGAAGCGAUGCGAGCCAUGAGAGCGUACGAAGCACAAAUUGAAGCUCUGGAUCAGUCAGUGCCUGUUCAGACAAUUCCCGCGCGGCGUUCGAUCGCGAUGACCACCGCCACCAACGCCCCCUCCCUCGUCGAUGACGACGACCCCGAUCAUCACAACAUCGAAGUGACCGACGAUGACCUGAACAAUCCUGAAUUCGACGCUAUGCUGCAUGGAGGCAACGCAAAGACCAAGGCGGCGCAAGUUGUUGAAAGUGUCGAUGCCGUGACGGUCGAGAGUGUCCAGGCUAAGAUUCUGGCGUUGAAACAGAGCGCCAUCGAGUUGAAAAACCAAAACAAGAUUCCUCAGGCGUUGACAGCUCUCAAAGAGGCUCGGGCGCUGGAGCCGACGCUCGUAAAACUAUUGCAGCGACCACAACAAGGUGAAGCUCUGUCCGUCGAAGUAUUGGCCAUGGACAGCUCGCCAUCCCAAGCCAAGUCCGCAGCCGAAGCAAUACUAGCCGACGCGAGCGCAGAUCACCGCGCCAAGGACAUUCCUGUUGCCAUGAGCGACUCGGAUGACGAAGACAUGGACAUGGACGUGACGGACGACGACCUGAACAACCCCGAGUUUGAUGCCAUGCUGAGUGGAGAAGCCUCGGCAAAACUAUCCUCCAAGGCAGACGCACAACCGCCGUCGAGAUCGUCCGUGGCGGGGGGUGCCGUGGUUCUUAUGGAAAGGCACACGCACCACGUCAUGGAAAUGCAAGUCACCAACUGCAGUCCUGAAGAGCUGGCUGCACGCGGCGGUGGAGGAGCGACGGAAACGGAGCCGAGCAGCGUUGGACUGGCAACCACGCCAGCAUGUACCCACAAUCUUCCUUCGUCCGAGGGCGAUGCCGCGCCACCGUCCGGUGGCCUGGUAGGCCUCGAUACCGAGUCCGCCAUGCAGGCAGAUGUUCUCGCUCAAGACGGUGCGGAAAGUCGUCCGGACUCUCGACCACGCACGUCUUCGUCGCAGUUGAUUGACGAAUUUGACGACGACGAUGAAUUCUUUGACGCCGUGGUGAUUCCGCCGAAUGUUUCCCUGCAAGAUCAACUAAAUGCCGCGAAAGCCGCUGCAAUUGCUCUCAAGAAACAAGGCAACAUUCAGGCGGCGUUGAUUCAGCUGCGACUCGUCAAGGAGAUCGAGGCAAAGCUCGUGCUGGAAACCACGCCGGCCGGACCGACGCCUCAAGAACUGUACGAGCAGCGGCAACGCGCGUUGGCAUAUGAAGCUAUUGAGAAGCAACUUGUGGACUAUGGCAACAAGUGUCGCGCUGAAGCCACCCGCCUGGUCUCCAUCGACCGCAGUCGGGCCCAAGGCCAGUUGGACCUCCACAAAAGGUACGUGGCGGCGUUGGAGACGCUGCGGGCGGCCCGCGGGAACCCCCUUCAGCCCCCGCCCACAACGCACAUCGAGGAACACGUCGAUAUUUUGGAACACGUAAACGUGGAUGUACCGCUGGACCGAAUCGAGAUCAGCGUGCUUCAAAUGCGCUCCACGGCAGUCGCGACGGCGUCCAAGGACUUGUUUGUCAAGCUCGGCUUAAACGUGCCGUCCCAAAACCCACACGAACUCACUACAUCCACCGUGCGGGGCACCGGGUCCGGUUUGUACUCGUACAAUGCAGUGGGAGUGUUUCCGAUCCAGCGAAAUCGCGGGCUGCUAAAGCUGGUCGAGCUGCGCAAGGCCCAAGUCGAGGUGUUCACCGCUCCUGGGUUCUUCUCAGCACCGCAGUCAGUUGGCAAGGCAACGGUGCCGCUCAGCCCCCUGCUCAGCUCGAGUGAGAUUCAAUGCUGGCUACCGCUCAUGGUCAGUCGGCGGCCCUGCGGUUUGGACGUGCAGAUCCGCAUUCGGCUCCACGUACCCCUUCGAGACAAGGAAUUUCGGCCGGUCAAGUCGUAUGUGUUUGUGGUGGAUGCGUACCCGCCGCCGUUGGCCCCAGCGAUGACGACACCCGUGCAGCAACGACCGGUGGCGGCUCCAAAAACGCGUGUAAACGCCCCAGCAAAUCAAGCACCACCACCCGACACCGCAUCGAUUCCCACUGCUUCAUCACAGCAUGCGCCACCAGCACCCUCCGUCAAGCCCCGCCCGGCGGACUCGAUGAGCGAUGACGACGAUCCCCAUGGAGUCGACAAGAUCGUGAGCUACGACGUGAUUUGCGAAGAGGUUCCACGACUCGCUUUCAACACGAUGGACAUCUCAUUUGAAUGUGUGCAGGUGGCGAAGCUGGAGGAAAAGAUCAAGAGUGGGGCGGCCAGCGCUGAAUUUACAGAUCGACUCGAUUCGUUGGCGCUGAAGAAACAGCUGUUGGAGAUUGAUAUUCAAACGGGCAAGUUGACGGAAGCCGCGUACGUCGACAUGUUGAAAGCGCGCAUUGCGUCGGACAUGGCGUUGGCCCGGUCGCUGCAUCAACGAGGACGCAAACUUGAUGGCGCGAGAGUGCUCCAUCGUGUCAAGGUCAUGCAGCAAGAAAUCGCAUCGGCGACAGCUCCGCCAUCGUAGCAUCCCUUCGCAGGUGCAAGGAGCAUGAACGAUCGCCUAGCUACACCCAGCCAUGCAUGACUUGGCGCGUUCAUGCCGUAGUCCAGUGUUUGCGCCCGUUUAAUUGCAACGCAAUAGAGAAAAGUGGUGCAAUGCCGGAAUCGGCGACGCGACGUGAAUCGAC